AUGCUCGAGAGCUUGCCCAAGUCCUUACCUCUACGAAGGGAGACUGAUCAUAAGAUCGAGCUGUUACUGGAGGUGAAGUCGCCUGCCAAGAAUGCAUAUCGUAUGGCCUCGCCAAAGUUGGCCGAACUCCGGAAGAAAUUAGAUGAACUAUUAGAUGCAAGGUUUAUUAGACCGAAAAAGGCCCCUUAUGGAGCCCCAGUAUUGUUUCAAAAGAAGAAAGACAGAAGCCUCCAGUUAUGCAUCGACUACCGGCUUCGAACAAGCUCACAGUUCGCAAUAAGUACCCCCUUCCUAUCAUCACAGACUUUUUUGAUCGGCUCCACGGUGCCAGAUAUUUCUCAAAACUGGAUCUGCGGUCGGGAUGGACACAUCAUCGCAUAUGAGACUAGGAAAUUGAAUGAUGCAGAACAGAGGUAUGCCGCCUCUGAGAAGGAGAUAUUGGCAGUAGUUCACUACUUGAGGGCCUGGAGUCUGUAUCUCUUAGAGGCCAAAUUUGUAGUCAAGACUGACAAUAACUCCAUUUGCCACUUUUUCAACCAGCCGAAGUUAUCGUCAAAGCAGGCACGGUGGCAGGAGUGUUUAACAGAAUUUGAUUUCCAAUUUGAGCAUAGGCCAGGGAAAUGCAACCAAGCGGCUAAUGCUCUUAGUCGGAAGAGCGAACAUACGGCCCUAUGCAUGUUCGCACACCUGAAAGCAAGUACGUUGAAUGGAACUGUGCGAGAAACUGUCAAGACACACUUGGCAAAUGACACAUCGGUGUAG